GGUUGCCAAUGGAAGGAAGCAGGAGCCCCGCACCCCCCGGCUGCGUUCAAAUAGGAACCUGAAUAGGCGUGAGCUCUGAAUAUCCUGCCCAGUUUGUGAAGUUGGGGAGAAGGGAGAUGAACAGCUGGGCGCGCCUUAUCGGACCAUUUGAGGUGAACCUCAACAACUCAGAGGACAACCAGUGAUGUUCCUGCAGAUUCUCCCUGCCGGGUUUGUUUAGGGUUUGUUACAGGCGGACAACCUUAACAUGAGCCCGGCAGUGCUCAUAUCUCUCCUGUGGAUUCCAGCAGCAGGGUCUGGUGAUCUUUGAGGCAGCAGCUGUGUGUUUCCCUGAGGAGGAGCGGGCGUUGCUGGAUCCAGGCCACAGAGCCUUGUGCAAGGAAGUCAUGGAGGAGAACGUAGCUUCUCUAGCAACUGGGCGGGGCAGCGAGGAUUAUGGAGAGCGAGUUGGGGUGUCCUUGGAACCAGUCAAUAAUGAAGUGGAAGAAGAGACCUUUGGGGAUCAAGAAAUGUGGAGGCAGGGUGGACACCAAGUAGACGUCUGUGAAAUCUCUGUCCAAAGAGCGCACACAGAGGAGAAACCCCUUCAGUCGCAGCGCAAACCUCAUCUCUCAUCAGAUAAUCCACAUGGGAGAGAGAAAAGUUAAAGGUCAGGAGUUUGGAAAGGACUUUAGUCAAAGCAAACACCAAGCUUCACACCAGACAAUUCAUGGGAGAGAGAAAAAUCAUAAAUGCCUGGAAUGUGGGAAGAGCUUCAGUCGAAGCACAAACCUUACUAAACAUCUAAGAACUCACACAGGGGAGAAACCGUUUAAAUGCCUGGAGUGUGGGAAGCACUUUAGUCAGAGCUCAAACCUGAUUUCCCAUCAAAUAAUUCACACCGGGGAAAAGCCCUAUCAGUGUUUGGAGUGUGGCAAGGCCUUCAGUCACAACACAAACCUUACCAAGCACGGGAGAAUCCACACGGGGAAGAAGCCUUUCAAAUGCCUGGAGUGCGGCAAGAGCUUCAGUCAAAGCUCAGACCUCAUUUCCCAUCAGAGAAUACACACGGGCGAAAAGCCAUUUAAAUGCCUGGAGUGUGGGAUGUGUUUCAGUCAGAGCACGGCCCUUACGAAACAUGACAAAAUCCACACGGGAGAGAAGCCCUACGAAUGUCUGGAGUGCGGAAAGAGCUUCAGCUGGAGAAAAAACCUUACUUCACAUCAAAAAAUCCACACAAAGGAGAGGCCGUACAAAUGCCCAGAGUGUGGGAAAAGCUUCAGUCAGAGCACAAACCUUAUUAAGCAUGAGAGGAUCCACACAGGGGAGAAACCCUAUAAAUGCCUGGAGUGCGGCAAGACCUUUACUGUGAGCACGAGCCUUACUUCACAUCAGAGAAUCCACAGAGAGGGGAUGCCGUAUAAAUGCCCCAAGUGUGGCAAGAGCUUCAGUAGGGGCCAUAGCUGCCAAGUUUUCCCUUUUCCCGCGAGGAAGCCUAUUCAGCAUAAGGGAAAAUCCCUUUAAAAAAGGGAUAACUUGGCAGCUAUGGUAGGGGCACAAACCUUGAGAAGCACAAAAGAAUUCACGCUGGAGAGAAAUGCUUAAAUGUCUGGGGUGUGGAAAGAGCUUCCGUUGAAGCGGAGACCUUCCUUCCCAUCAAAGAAUUCACCCAGGAGAUAUGCUGUUUAAAUGUCUGGAGUGCGGAAUGAGCUCGUCAGAGAACCAUCUUUACUAAAUGUGACAGAAUAGUAAAUUUAGGAAGCAUUUUAAUGCCUGGAAUGUGGGGAAAGCUUCGGGUCAAGCACAAUGCAGGCUAAUGAUCUUAGAAACCUGGAUUGCGGUUGGAGUUUCAGUCAGGGCCCAUCCCUUAAAUUUCCAUCAAAAUGUUCAUUGCAUUGAAUUUUCAAAAAAAAAAAGUGUCUAUUUUAUUUAUUCGGGGUGCCAAGGGGGAGUGCAAGGGUAUCAUGGAGAGAAAACAAUAGAUCAGGCAUCCCCAAACUGCGGCCCUCCAGAUGCUUUGGCCUACAACUCUCAUGAUCCCUAGCUAACAGGACCAGUGGUCAGGGAUGAUGGGAAUUGUAGUCCAACACAUCUGGAGGGCCGAAGUUUGGGGGUGCCUGCAAUAGAUGGUUUUGGUUAAGAGCCGUCUGCUUUUCACGUUGCCCAUAUUUCUGUCACUUCUUUUGAUACAUGUUCUUGUAGUUUGUUGGUAGAAUGUGUAAGUGAUGAAAAAGAACCAGGUGGCAAAAUGAAACUGUGCUUCCUCUUUUUCUAAUCUGUCCAAUAAAAUACUUCCAAAUGUUUUUGUUUGUUUUUGUGGUCUUCCAUUUCUUAGGACUCAUAUAGACAAUACAUUUUCCAGAUAGCCUUGGCUGGGAUUUUAUUUUAGACAUUUCAUCUGCGGGGAGCCCUCAAUCCAAGGCUGGGAAAGGGGGGGCGAUCCUUUCUGUCCUACUCAGCUGCCCUCUAUCAACAGCUGCCUCCCUGCCUCUUCUUGUCCCACUGGCCACCCUUUGAGGUUGGAGGGUCCCCACGUGGGGCGACCUCCCUCCCCAAAGCGCAUAUUCUCUGCUGCAUUUCCCACCAAUCCUCCAUGGCACUCUUGCCUCCCCACUGCCUGGAAAAGAUACUCACCAGAUUCCUCUCUGGGUGGGAGAGACAAAGGGCUGUUUCUGCUCCCCCCCCCCCCCAGAGGAGCUGGCAGAUCAGGAAGCGCCAGAAUUCCUUCUUUCCAGAGACCUUUCUAGAAAUGCAGGCCUCGUCUGUCCCCCUUUGACCCUUGGGCGGACCGAAGCCUCACUAGGAAAACGACACGUGUCUAUGUGGCGGAAUAGUGCCUGAUGAUGAUUCCAGUUCAUCAUGGGUUAAUCUCUCACUCCCAUUCUAGGCAGGUGUUCCUUGGGAGGCGGAGCUUGAGGGGAUUCUAAAUGGCAGUUGGCAGUUGGCAGUUGGAGAGUAGAGUGUCAGAGAGGGAUGCAGGAGCUGUAUUAAGAAAUCUGUGUUAUAUGAAAAGAAGAUGAUGAACUAAGAGUUUAAACAAAUGAAACCAUAAAGAAAUAUACAUGUUCUCCAGUUAAAUAAAGCUUUCAUCUAUGUUGUGUCAAAUUGGAUGUUCCUCCUUAUUCCAGCAACGUAUCUAAACUCAAAAGGGUGGUGACUGAAGAGGGGAGAUAAAACUAAGCCUGAGGAGCAGGUGGAUAGUUUGCAUCUCAAAGUCACGCACAGAGGAGGCAAG